CCUGGCGAACAGAAACAUCCGAAGGAGCCUUCACCCUUGCAGUGCAUGCAUCUGGCAGUGGUGGCAUGUGGGGACCGGCUGGAGGAGACGCUGAUCAUGCUGAAAUCAGCAGUUCUCUUCAGCAACAGGAGGCUCUGCUUUCACAUUUUUGCUGAGGAUUCCCUUAAGCCUGAAUUUGAGAAGAAGUUAAAGGAGUGGCCUUCCUCAUAUACCAAGAAGUUUGAAUCCAACAUUUACCCCAUAACCUUCUCAGUGGGAAACGCUCAGGAGUGGAAGAAGUUAUUCAAACCAUGUGCAGCCCAGCGCCUCUUCCUUCCGGUCAUCCUGAAGGAUGUGGAUUCCCUCCUUUACGUGGACACCGACGUUCUCUUCCUGAGGCCCAUCGACGACAUCUGGCACAUCCUGCAGGAGUUCAACUCCACACAGCUGGCUGCCAUGGCCCCGGAGCACGAGAUCCCCAAGAUUGGCUGGUACAGCCGCUUCGCACGUCACCCUUACUACGGGACAACGGGGGUCAACUCCGGGGUGAUGCUGAUGAACCUAACGCGCAUCCGCAGCACGCAGUUCAAGAACAGCAUGAUACCAGGUGGUUUGACUUGGGAGGAAAUGUUAUAUCCAUUGUACCAAAAGUACAAAAAUUACAUUACGUGGGGAGACCAGGACUUACUAAAUAUCAUUUUUUACUUUAACCCAGAGUGUCUCUAUGUGUUCCCCUGCCAGUGGAACUACCGGCCUGACCACUGCAUGUACGGCAGCAACUGCAGAGGGGCCGAGGAGGAGGGGGUGUCCAUCCUGCAUGGGAACAGGGGCGUCUACCACGAUGACAAGCAGCCCACGUUCAAGGCACUCUACGAGGUGAUCCGUGAUUUUCCAUUUGAAGACAAUCUCUUCCAGUCCUUGUACUACCCUCUGCAGUCAAAGUUUCUGGAUACAGUGCACACUUUAUGUGGGAGAAUUCCACAAGUAUUUUUGAAGCAAAUUGAGAAAACUAUGAAGAAGGUGUAUGAAAAUCGUGUCAUUGUCUACUUGGGGGCCAACCACAGAUAUUAACUGUAGCUCUAUUUUUACAGAGUUUUUAAUUCUUGCACUCCAUCUCAUGAAGGAUAUAAAUGAACAAUAUGAACUCCUUUACUGAAACUUGGAAUUGAAAUAUUUCCAUAUCCAAUUUCACAAUAACUAAGCAAGCAGGAAAUCCUAGAAGCCUACCUAAAGUGUUAUUUCUUGGGCCUUCUUUCUCUUCCUAUGUUUACUCUUGUUGCAACAGGGAGAGAUGAUGAUUCCCACUUUAAUUUGGGUUUAGUUUGGAUGUUUAAACAGCUGUAUUGCUGUAACUUUCCUGAAACUGUGCAAAAGGUUGUGCUGCUCUGAGGCUUGACAGAGAAUUUAUGGUUGGAGCUUUGUAAUGUGGGGACUCUUGAAACGAUGGGGCAAAUAUUCUUGAGUGUCAUGAGAAUUCUGAAUUACAGCAAAGAUCACUCCUGCGACAAGAUGAGUUAAAACUUACUGUAGUAAAGGGAAAGUGUUUGCUUGAAAGGGUACUUCUAUCUGAAGGUGUAUUACUUGCUGUUCUUCACAUGUAAGACCUGAGAUUUCCUGCACUUAAAAAGAUUAGGGGAAUAGAAGUGCCUGUUCCCUUUGUGUUGUACAGCACUUUUUGUCUAGCGAUUGUCAUUUUUCCCAUCUGCUCUUCAGUAGUUUUGUGAGGGCUCCUCAUGAGGAAUUAGAAGGAAAAUACUUAAAGCAUAAGACAGCCCUGUACAAGAAGUAGGAGGUGACUGCAGGGGAAGCUGUGGCACCUGCUCAGCUAACAGAGAAGAGCAGGAGAAUCCUUUCCUGAAUGGAGCACAGUCAUGGUCCUGCUCCCCCAGUCCCAUACAGUUUAGGAAAGUGUUCUCUGGCUUGGUAAUGUGAAUUGCAUUAGGUACAGUCUAAGAAUAUUGUGACUCCCCUCUCCUGCUUUACCAGAAACCUGGGGCAUGGAAAUGUAUUUCUGCCCUGGCACUUCCACUCCUGGAAUCAUAACCACAGAAUCCUAGAACGGUUUGGAUUGGAAGAGACCUUAAAGCCCAUCAAUUCCACCCCUGCCAUGGGCAGGGACACCUUCCACUAUCCCAGAUUGCUCCAAGCCCUGUCCAGCCUGGCCUUGAACACUUCCAGGGAUAGAGAAGUCCAGAGGUUUAUGCUGGGAUCAUAACAAACAGCCUCAAAGUGAAAGAGCAUUUAAUGUUUAUUUUAAAUGCUUUAUUUAGCUUAGCUUUCCAAAGUACGAUCAUCUUAGGAUAUGCACAAAGAGCUUAUUAAAAUUGUAGUAGCUGAAAGGUGCUUGGGACCAGUCCCUGGGGAACGGGAAGUGAGGACACUCCUAAAGAGCAGUGAUCCAAGAGCAGACUCCCAGAGGGCAUUUUCUAGGUGUAAGCCCCGAGGGUGUGUGUGGGCGAGUGCUUCAAGAAAGCAGCAGAGAAAAUGAUCUUACUUUUCAAGUCUGUUCAGCAAAAAAACAUUAGGCAUGACUUGGAACUGCUCGCUCUUGUGUCUAACAGGCAAAGGAGGAGAGGGGUGAGCAGGGUGAGAGAAUUCAGCUUUCCCCUAAUUAAAGGAAGACUGGCACAGACUGCCAUCCUGUACACGUAACAUACUUUUAUUAGAGGUAAAUGUUUGAGGUGUGUGAAAGAGGGAAAGGAUGUUUCCAAAGUUAAAAUUGGAUUUCUGAGGAAUUGCAUUUUUGGGGAUUCUACUCUAUCAAGUCAGGAUGCACAGACUCCGAAAGUCCUUUUAUCUCACACAUUCCGUUCUCCUUGUGAGGCAGCUCCUGGAAGGAGGGAAAACACGGCCCUGUUGGCAUCCCGGGUUGUAUCCCAGAUACCAACCCGUACACAGCAUGAAGUGCUGACAAGCUAUUCCCAAACACCGGAGUGCGAGGGUGCCUGUGACACGUUUGUGAGCGUGCUGGGUGUGUGACAGCCGGGCAGAGAGCAGGGACAGGGGUUUGGAGUGAGGGACAGGUGGUCUGGCAGUUCUGUGCUGGCCUGUGUCACUCCUCACAGGCACAGCAGGGGAACAGAAAUGUGUGUUUGCACCUCUGUGUGCUGCAAAGUGUAAUCCACCAGCUCGAUUAAACAAUGUCGUUCUGGCUCCAUCUCUUACGUCCCUGUGUUUGCCACCACAGUGUAAAUUGAUGUGGGAAGAACAGAGGCAGCUCUGAGUUGUAGAUGUUGCUGUCUCUCCAGCUUUGCUUAGGGUUUUUUAUUCAACUGAAGUUUCAGUUGCCACUUUAAAGAACAGUACACUUCUACCUACAGAGAGAAGUUUGAAAUGUAACCCAAAUAGCAUUCAAGAAUUCAGAACCAGAAGGCAGAGAAAGGAAGGUUGAGCAUGCUGGUUUAAGAAGUUUAAGAUAAUAUGACAGGGAAACCUUUAGGCCAGCAGUUUCUGAGAGCUUGUAAAAAGUAUUUGCUUGCUUUUUGGUCUUUAUUUUCACGUAUCAGGGUAGAACUGACGGCAGGUCAGACAAGGCUGGAGGAGCUGCAUGCUGGGAACGCCGAAUUCCUCAUUUCCAUGGUGUCUCCAAGCCACAGAAAGCUGCAGAGCAAAGUCUUGCUGCCCAGACAGUCCCAGCCCCAGUGCUGAGGCUCUGGAGUUUGGGAGGCUGAGGUUGUGUAAGCUGUGAUUCAGCAGAACCCUGCAACCACGGGCACAUUCAAAUGAAGGAGUGGAAUUCAUUACAAAACAAAGGCAUUAUUGCAUAUGAACUGGUUAGAGAUUAAAGCAGUGCUUUUAAUGUUUACAGGAGGUGCUACAUUUUGUUUAGGAAGAACUGUGUUAUGUUCUCAACAGCUAUUAAAUAUAUAAAGUAUUUGCUUUACAUGAAGACUUUUGUUAAUGUAAUACCAGCUGGCAGGAAGAGUGGGGAGGUUCCUCCCUGCUGGGCUUUUUCUGAGGAAAAAAAGCAAUAAUUUCAGCUCUCCAAAGUGUUUUAAAACAAUUAUGUAAUUUUGGUUUUUUCUUGUUGUUAGAAUUAUUAAUUUAUAUUUUAUUGCAUCUUCCAAACCCAUGUUAUAUUUUAGUUCUAACAGUAGUUGGUUGUAAUAUUCAUCUUAUUUAGAAGCCAGUUUUAAUUCAUUUUGUAUUUCAUACUUGUGGCUAAUUCCUUGUUAAUUAGCCUUCAUUUAUCUUAGUAAUGGGAUGUGUAAAUACUCAUAAAGACUUUAUGUCCUCAUUUCCCCUUCCUCUCCUGUAUUUUGGUUAUUUCCAAUGGCAUAACGUAAACACCUUCACUAAUGUAACACCUUGAGCAGUGUCAUCUUUUCUUUGCAUGGACAGAACGGAAUGUGUUGGCAGCAAAGGAAAAGCAUCACCUUUUCCACUGUGGUGGGAAGGGCAGGUGCAGCCCUGAGCCCUGAACUUGCUGAGGGCAGAUAAACAGGGGCUUUCUGUGAGGAGCUGCUGAGCCCCUCCCCUGAGCCCCACGCCAGGUUGGAAGGUGCCAGUGCACGUUGUACAGCGAAGAGCUGUGGCAUCGUUUCUGCAAGGGGAAGGGGUUUAGCUGUUUGUUGGAUGAUACAAGGUGGGCUUGGAUAGAGCUCAUCAGCAUUUUGCCUGCAGUGGAGACUGGAAACUGCUCUGUGUGUGUGUGUGUGUGUGUGUGUCUGUGUGUGUAAAAUGUACCUUUUCUCUGUCGUUGAAUUGCUUGUGUGUUUUACGAGUGCCCCGACUGCUGUAGCUCCCAAGGAGGCCAAGCAGUGCAUCUCUGGGUUGAGCACACUCCUUUGGCUAACGGUACAAAUAAAUGAAGUUUUAAGCAAGCUCUGUAAUUU